UCAUGUGCUGUUUGUCCCGCGGAGGCGCAGAGAGGUGCCAGGCCCGGGGCGGCCGUCGGGCGGCCGGCCGGGAGGGAGCACCGGGUCCGCAUGGCCGCCGGCACAGGCCGGGGCCGGGGUCCGCGCCGGGAUCACCGGACGGGCCGGGGGCAGGUGGCCCCGGCCGACCCGCGGCCGCGCCACCCUCUUCCCUGCCCCGUGAGCCGCGACGGCGUGAGCACGGCGUUUUCCCGUCGUGGCCCCUGCCCCGGGCAGGGUCUGGGGGUCGGGGCUGUGCUUCCUGACACAGCCUCUGUGAUCUGAGCUCCUCCCUUCCUGUCCUGGGACGCACCGACCCGGUCCCCCUUCCCGUGCCCUGACCAGGAGGGCUGCGGAGGGGAGGCCCAGCAGGACGGGCGGUGUGGUCCUGUGGGGCCGCAGAAGGGGCCCCAGCAUCCCGGUCUGCCUUCGCGAGCCUCCACCCUCCUGCCCGUGGGCGUGGGCUGCUCAGCCUCUCCUCCCAGGGUGUGAGCACUGGGGCACCCACAUUCCUGGGCUCCAGCCUGGCACCUUCCCCAGGGCAGUGGACGCCAUAGCGCUGGCCCCAGGCUGGGGCUGGGACCUGCCUGGUUCCUUUGGGGGAGACCCCAGUGCUUUCCCGUCCCCCGGUGAAGUCACAGGUAUUUCACAGGGAGCCCCCAACAGAGGAGCCCGGGGGGUUGGUGUGAUGGAUACAGGAUGACCCCACCCUCCCCUGCCCAUUGUCCAGGAUCCUGAGGAGGAAGUGCUGGGGGCUGGGCGAGGGGUUUGGGGCCCACAGGCUGCCCGUGGAUCCCAGGCCUGGGCUGUUCCUCCAGCCCUUGAACUUUGCCCACUGGCAGUUCCUCCCCGUGUGGAGGCUGUGCGCUCUAGGUUUCUACUUCUUGGCUGGCACCGUGGGGGAAUUUUAGGGCAGGUUUUAGGUUUGGGGUUUUCUCUCCUGUCUCUCCUGGGCUCCCACUUUGUGCCGUCGCCCCGGAGCUGCCCCCCCCGUCUGCGAUUUCUGUGUCCGCGAUCUUCUGUGGCUCCUUCCUUUGGUCCUUCCCUCAUUUCCUCCACAGCGUGACCUGGAUCUGCCUCCUGCUGUCUGGGAUCUCUCCCUUUCUCGGUGUCUGUGGCUUUCUGUCGCUCCUCUGCCCCUCUUCCUGUCACCGCCGGUGUCUCUGCCUCUGCGUCCCUCUCUCUGAACUGCCCUCUGUCCAGCCUCUCUCUCUCUUCUCUAUCUGGGCGUCCAGUACACUUGUGAGUGACGAAUAAAAAUAUCACGGUCCCUGUCCUUGGACUCACAUUGCCUUCAGCCACUCGGGAGGGACCGCCGUCCUCCCCUUUCCUAACCUUGCCCCCUGCCCCUGCCCUCCAGCCGUGGAACCCCGACCCACCUCUGGAGCCCCAGGUGCCUCCUAACCACUCUUCCCCCACAACCAGGGUUUCCCCCACAGCCCCAGCUGGUGUGGCCAGGCCCCAAGGGUAGGAUGGGGCUUCCCCUACGAGGGCCGGUGGCAGCCAGAGCUGAUACAGCCCCCCUGGUCUGGGGCCAGGACACCAGCUGAGGAGGGUGAGCGUCUCGGGAGCCAUGGCUGGCGCCUCGGUGAAAGUGGCCGUGAGGGUUCGGCCCUUCAACGCCCGUGAGACCAGCCAGGAUGCCAAGUGUGUGGUCAGCAUGCAGGGCAGCACCACCUCCAUCGUCAACCCCAGACAGAGCAAGGAUGCCCCCAAAAGCUUUACCUUUGACUACUCGUACUGGUCACACACUUCGGCCGAGGACCCCCAGUUUGCAUCUCAGCAGCAGGUGUAUCGGGACAUCGGAGAAGAGAUGUUGCUCCAUGCCUUCGAAGGCUACAACGUGUGCAUCUUUGCGUACGGGCAGACUGGGGCUGGGAAGUCGUACACGAUGAUGGGGCGUCAGGAGCCAGGGCAGCAGGGCAUCGUGCCCCAGCUCUGCGAGGACCUCUUCUCUCGUGUUAAUAAGAACGAGAGUGCUCAGCUCUCCUAUUCCGUGGAGGUGAGCUACAUGGAGAUCUAUUGUGAGCGGGUGCGAGACCUCCUGAACCCCAAGAGUCGGGGCUCUCUGCGGGUCCGGGAGCACCCCAUCCUGGGCCCCUACGUGCAGGACCUGUCGAAGCUGGCCGUGACCUCCUACGCAGACAUUGCUGACCUCAUGGACUGUGGAAACAAGGCUCGGACCGUGGCCGCCACCAACAUGAACGAGACCAGCAGCCGCUCGCACGCUGUCUUCACCAUCGUCUUCACACAACGCUGCCAUGACCAGCUCACCGGGCUGGACUCGGAGAAGGUCAGCAAGAUCAGUUUGGUGGACCUUGCUGGCAGUGAGCGGGCUGACUCCUCGGGGGCCCGGGGCAUGCGCCUGAAGGAAGGUGCCAACAUCAAUAAGUCCCUGACGACCCUCGGGAAGGUGAUAUCGGCCCUGGCGGAUCUGCAAUCAAAGAAGCGGAAGUCGGAUUUUAUCCCUUACAGGGACUCCGUGCUCACCUGGCUGCUCAAGGAGAAUCUGGGUGGGAACUCACGCACGGCCAUGAUUGCGGCGCUGAGCCCCGCAGACAUCAACUACGAGGAGACGCUCAGCACCCUCAGGUACGCUGACCGCACCAAGCAGAUCCGCUGUAACGCGGUCAUCAACGAGGACCCCAACGCCCGGCUGAUCCGAGAGCUGCAGGAGGAAGUGGCCCGGCUGCGGGAGCUGCUGCUGGCUCAGGGGCUGUCGGCCUCGGCUCUGGGAGGCCUGAAGGUGGACGGGGGGAGUUCCGGAGGAACCCUGCCUGCUGUGUCGUGCCCCGCCGCCCCAGCUUCACCCUCACAUCCCCCCGCACACAACGGCGAGCUGGAGCCCUCAUUCUCCCCCAGUGCUGAGCCCCAGAUUGGGCCUGAGGAGGCCAUGGAGAGGCUGCAGGAGACCGAGAAGAUCAUCGCCGAGCUGAAUGAGACGUGGGAGGAGAAGCUGCGCAAGACGGAAGCCCUGAGGAUGGAGAGAGAAGCAUUGCUGGCCGAGAUGGGGGUGGCCGUCCGGGAGGACGGGGGAACGGUGGGCGUCUUCUCUCCGAAGAAGACCCCCCACCUGGUGAACCUGAAUGAAGAUCCCCUCAUGUCAGAAUGUCUGCUCUACCACAUCAAAGAUGGCGUCACCAGGGUCGGCCAGGUAGAUGUGGACAUCAAGCUGACCGGGCAGUUCAUUCGGGAGCAACAUUGUGUAUUCCGGAGCAUCCCUCAGCUGGACGGAGAAGUGGUGGUCACCCUGGAGCCUUGUGAAGGAGCGGAGACCUAUGUCAACGGGAGACUGGUGACCGAGCCCCUGGUGCUGAAGUCAGGGAAUAGGAUCGUGAUGGGCAAGAACCACGUUUUCCGCUUCAAUCACCCGGAGCAGGCACGGCUGGAGCGGGAGCGAGGGGUGCCCCCGCCCCCCGGGCCGCCCUCCGAGCCGGUCGACUGGAACUUCGCGCAGAAGGAACUGUUGGAGCAGCAGGGCAUUGACAUCAAGCUGGAGAUGGAGAAGAGGCUGCAGGACCUGGAGAAUCAGUACCGGAAGGAGAAGGAGGAGGCUGAUCUUCUGCUUGAGCAGCAGCGACUGGACGCGGACUCGGACAGCGGGGAUGACUCCGACAAGCGCUCCUGUGAGGAGAGCUGGCGGCUCAUCUCCUCGUUGCGAGAGCAGCUGCCCCCGACCACCGUGCAGACCAUCGUCAAGCGCUGUGGCCUGCCCAGCAGCGGCAAGCGCAGGGCCCCUCGGAGGGUCUAUCAGAUCCCCCAGCGGCGGCGGCUGCAGGGCAAGGACCCCCGCUGGGCCACCAUGGCCGACCUGAAGAUGCAGGCGGUGAAGGAGAUCUGCUACGAGGUGGCCCUGGCCGACUUCCGCCACGGGCGGGCAGAGAUCGAGGCCCUGGCCGCGCUCAAGAUGCGGGAGCUGUGUCGCACCUACGGCAAGCCCGAGGGCCCCGGGGACGCCUGGAGGGCCGUGGCCCGGGAUGUCUGGGACACGGUGGGCGAGGAGGAAGGCGGCGGAAGUGGAGGUGGCGGCGGCGAGGAGGGGGCCCGCGGGGCGGAGGUGGAGGACCUGCGGGCGCACAUCGACAAGCUGACGGGGAUCCUGCAGGAGGUGAAGCUUCAGAACAGCUGCAAGGACCGCGAGCUGCAGGCCCUGAGGGACCGCAUGCUGCGUAUGGAGAGGGUCAUCCCGCUGACCCAGGAUCACCAGGAUGAGAACGGAGAGGCCGGGGAGGCCGCCUGGGCCGCGCCGCCGGGGUCGGAGGCCACGGAGGAGGAAGCCCCCGGCGAGCGCGCGCCCCCGGCCCCAGCGCGGCCCCCGUCGCCGCCCCUGUCCAGCUGGGAGCGGGUGUCCCGGCUCAUGGAGGAGGACCCCGCCUUCCGCCGGGGUCGCCUGCGCUGGCUCAAGCAGGAGCAGUUGCGGCUGCAGGGACUGCAGGGCGCGGGGGGCCGGGGCGGGGGGCUGCGCCGGCCCCCAGCCCGCUUCGUGCCCCCUCACGACUGCAAGCUGCGCUUCCCCUUCAAGAGCAACCCCCAGCACCGGGAGUCGUGGCCGGGGGCGGCGGCCGGGGAGGCCCCCGCGGCGCCCCAACCCCCCGAGGAGGUCGCGCCCCCUCCGGCCGCCCCCGCGCGCCGGCCCCCGAGUCCCCGGAGGUCCCACCGGCCCCGCAGGAACUCCCUGGACGGAGGCGGCCGGUCCCGGGGAGGCGGGUCCGCACAGCCCGAGCCCCAGCACUUCCAGCCCAAAAAGCACAACUAUUACCCCCAGCAGCCCCAACCGUACCCCGUGCAGCGGCCCCCGGGGCCCCGCUACCCGCCCUACACCACUCCCCCGCGCAUGAGGCGCCAGCGCUCGGCCCCCGACCUCAAGGAGAGCGGGGCGGCCGUGUGAGCCCGGCCCUGGGGGCGGGCAGCGGGGAGCCGAGCCGGGAGCGGAGCAGUACCUGGAGCCGCUGCUGCCCCAGGAGCCCGGGGCAGGGAGGCGACAGGUGGGCGAGAAGGUCCGAGUAGGUGCUGGACGGCGUGGAAGAGGCUGGGCCGGAGGCUGGAGGAAGGAAGCGCGCACGGAGCUGCCCGGAGCGAACCAAAGUGAAGGAAGAGAAUGGGAGCUGCCUCGGGGCGCCCCUCGCGAGGGGGGGUCCCCACAAAUGCUGCUAGGGGUGGGGUGGGGGGCUGGGGUGCUGCGUAGCCAGUGUGUGACUUUCUUUUCAAGUGGGGCAAAUGGGAGAGGACCUACUAGGGUGAGGCGAGUUCUCUCCCGGGCCCCCGUCUGUCUGUCCGUCUGUCCGUAUGUGGUGGGCUUCUGUUUCCAGGGAGGUGAGGCGUGGCGGGGUCGCAAGUCAUUCCUCUCCCCUUCCAGGCCUCCUGCUAUAUUUGGGGGGCCUGUCUGGAUUCUGGUUUUGCUGGGGUCCCAUGAGGAUGUGGGGCCCUUCAAUAAAGGAUAGCAAACACAGGGAGCUCGUCGCUGCUGGUGGUGGUUUGGUUUGGGUUUUAACUGAGGUGUAGAUUAUCAAAGUAAAAUGCACAGAU